AUGAGCCUGUCGCCCGAGCUGCACAUUGCGCUUCAGCGCAUAACUGCUUGCAAUAAAAGCGAGCGCUUGCUGACGGUGGUACGCGACGACCUGAUCAAAAGUUUGCAAGCGGGACAGACCGCGGUGGCUUAUGCACACGAGGCGUGGAUGCAGCUUGAGCGGUUGGGUGCGGACGUGAUGUCCAUCGGGAGGUUGGUCGGGUUCGUUGACAGGGACAAGUUGCACAAGGCUUUCAAGGACUCCAAGCUGUUGAUGCGUGACAGGGUGGUGUGGCAAGCUAUGGGUCGUUUCCGCACGAUGCUGGACACACAGGUGAUCAUGGACUACCUGGCGGUCAUCGUCAGCAGCGACAACACACGGCUGAGUCAACUUCGGAAUGCCUACUACAAGGUACAAUCUGAUGUCCUUGCUGAGGUGAUGGCGAACUACUAUAGCUGGGAGAAGUUCGCCAGGAAUGUGUGCGGCAAUGUUGAAGAUGACGACAUGCAGGUCGUCCUCAUGAGCCUAGGCCGUCUGGUGGAUCUCAGCGAGCAGAAUUUCUACCCGAGCUUGAUGGAAGUGCCCUGCAUCGUCAACGAUGCUCUGUCGAAGACACGGCCAGAAUCCCAAGCGCAGCUGCCAGGCGGCACGACCCCCAACAUUCCAAAGAUGACGUCUGAUGCCAUUUCCCUGCAGGCAUCCUUAGCCGAACUUGGACGUGUUCUUGCCUACCCCGACUUCGUGGACCCAGUGUAUGAGGCCCUGAAGCUGAGCAACGAAGCGAGCCUCGUUGCCAUCCAGCACUCAGUUGCAGCUUGGGCGCGUCUGCGCAACGACGUCGAGGGAAGUGGGGUACUUUCGUGUGAUGACGGGACUCGGAAGUUCCGAAAGCUCGAUUCCCUCCUCCAGGAAGAGGUCUUGUGCACCUGCUAUGCGUUCCUUGGCAAGGACGGUGUUGCAGACUUCGGCAUGGUUGAUCAGGUCAUUCGCGAGCAAUGCAAGUCGAAGAAAGACAUGCCGCUGCUGAGCAUUGAGGUCUUCCUCACCAAGCUGCACACGACACAUUCGCACUUGCAGAAGGCAGUCCUAACGGAGUUGACAUGCUCAGAAAAUGUUUGGAAGCGUACCCUGAUGAGGAUCGCCCAGCUGCUGCGCAAACCGAAUAGUUGA